CUGACUAUACACCAGAGAACACACACAGGAGAGAAACCUUAUAGCUAUGGUCAAUGUGGGAAGAGUUUUGUUACAUCUAGAAAUCUGACUCUACACCAGAGAACACACACAGGAGAGAAAUCUUAUAGCUGUGAUCAAUGUGGGAAGAGUUUUACUACAUCUGGCUCUCUGACUUUACACCAGAGAACACACACAGGAGAGAAACCUUAUAGCUGUGAUCAAUGUGGGAAGAGUUUUAGUCAAUCUAGCUCUCUGACAGUGCACCAGAGAACACACACAGGAGAGAAACCGUAUAGCUGUGAUGAAUGUGGGAAGAGUUUUACUACUUCUGGCUAUCUGACUUUACACCAGAGAACACACACAGGAGAGAAACCUUAUAGCUGUGAUCAAUGUAGGAAGAGUUUUAGUCAAUCUAGCUCUCUGACAGUGCACCAGAGAACACACACAGGAGAGAAACCGUAUAUCUGUGAUCAAUGUGGGAAGAGUUUUACUAGAUCUGGCCAUCUGACAUUACACCAGAGAACACACACAGGAGAGAAAUCUUAUAGAUGUGAUCAAUGUGGAAAGAGUUUUGUUCAAUCUAGCUAUCUGACAGUGCACCAGAGAACACACACAGGAGAGAAACCGUAUAGCUGUGAUCAAUGUGGGAAGAGU